AUGAGCGGACGUGAGAAAGGAGAACAUAAUAAAAAGCUCCAGCUUCGAGAGACGAGUCGGCUCCAGUGUGGCGUAAAAAGAACUGCCGAGAGAACUGACAGCGAGGCACCCUCCAAAGCGGCUAGCAGGACUACCGCGACAGAUGCCGUGGGUGAUGAGGUUGGUGAUUUCGAUGCUGCCGCCGUCUCGGAGUCGCGUGUGGUCACGUCCAACGAAGACUCUUCCAAUAGUGCACGGAAGGAGGGGGAUCAACAUGUGCGGGUGCCCCUCUCGGAUCCCAUUUAUCGAAUCAUGCACGUGUUGCCGCGGUCGGAUGUUCUUGAAAUCGUCAAGUGUCGUUUUGGCCGUGAGGAAUGUGAGCGGGCCGCUGCAUACUUUGAUGACUCCUUUAUGAAGAAUCCACUGCGCCACCUUCGCCUGCAAGUUGGCUGUGAUCGCCCCACAGGGCUGUACCUCUUCUUUCCCAAAUUGCAUUAUCAUCGGGGUUCAUUACGUCUCCUUGAUUUGUCCCGUAACGAUCUGGAUGAAGACGACGUGGCGACUCUAACGCAGCUGCUUGAUCUUUGUAGCGACUCACCGUCACGUAGUGGUUUUUCCGUUUUGGAAGUGCUGGAUUUAAGCUACAAUCGUCGCAUUGGAAAUCGUGGGGCGUUGUUUCUUCUUUCUGCCUUGCGCCACAACGAUCGCAUCCGUGCUGUAAUUUUAAAGGGCAUAUCUGUAGACGAUACCGGUGCUGUCGCCGUUGCACCGUUCCUACGACAACGUCCUUUUCCUCGGAUGCCGGAUGGCGAUGACGAGGCUGUUACUUUUCAGGAAACGUCUUUGCGUCGGCCUCCCACAUUUUUUUUGAACUUUAAUGAAAAUCGAAUUGGUGCUGUGGGGACAGAAGUUUUGGGGAAAGGACUCCCUGCCCAUGUGUCCCUGACGGUAAGCAAGCAGCGUCCUUUUUGCGACAAAAGGGGACCCUUGGCACGGCGCUGA